CUGUCGGUCAUUCCAGUUACAAUCAUAUUCUGGUACUUGAAUCUCUUCUUACUUGUUGUUAUUAUGGUGUCUUUCCUUCGCCAAGCACGCCUGGCUGUACUCACCCUGUUAGCUCUUUCGUGGAUGCUUGUGACAGGUUCCGCCAUUCCCCCAAUUCCCAAAGGCGCGCUUUCACCCGAACGUGUUCAAUGGCUUAGAGAUGUAAUCGGUAAUCGGACCGAGGACGGUACCAUAUCGGACGUUACCAAACGGAGCACUGUAUUGAGUAGUAGCCAAGACGGUGUCGACAGCGCGGGAUUUUACUACUCAUUGUACAAUGCUAAUGGAGCCGAGGUCGGAUAUACCGAAUACCCCACGAUCGGUCAAUUUGAACUUGGGUGGGAUGCUACGGUGGAAUUCCUUGGGGGAAAGGGCUAUAAAGGCGGCAGCACACGCACUUUGACCUGGGACGGUUAUUUUACUGCCGAGGGGGACUGGACUUUGGCCAUCUAUGGCUGGACCCUGGAUCCCGUCACCGAGUGGUAUAUUGUGGAGUCGCAUGGCACUGGCACCCCAGGCAAUGGGGAUAUCCUAGGCCAGGUGAAUAGUGAUGGCGGUGUAUACGAUGUCUACAACCUACCCUACCGAAAUGUCCAGGAGAUCUACGGUGUGACCAGUUUUGAUCAGUAUUGGUCGGUGCGUCGCUCCCACCGCUCCACCGGCACCGUCGAUGUGAGCACCCAUUUCCAGGGCUGGAAGGAUUUGGGUCUCAGCCCCGGCACCCCAAUCUUUCAGAUGGUUACUCUGGAAGGCUUUUCUGGGCAAGGCUACCUGAAUUUCACCGUUGGGUAGAAUCAAUCGGAGGUCAGAGGACCACAGCCGACGGUGGGCGCCAACUCGAAACCAGAUCCCUCCUGUGCAUAUUCUUGUGACAGCAAGGAAAACAUGGCUUCGUUAUCGGAAAGCAGAAGCCCUGUUCUCUUUUGAUUUCUUCUUUUGCAGUGGAUUGUCCUCUUCUCUUCUCGCGUCUUUUCCUGUUGUUGGCCAGUUUGUCACCCUUGAAGGUAUUGUCGGUAUUCUUGGCCAGGUUUGGUGUUUCGCUUUAUGUGUAAAUCGUUCAUCUACUUCACAUGUGGAGGGUCCGAAUCCAUAUGAAUACGAUAAAAGAUGAUUGAAUAGGC